AUGUCAAAAAGCCCUGAUUACUACAAAAUUCUAGGCGUUUCGCACGAUGCUACUCAGCAGCAGAUUCGCACGGCAUACAAGAGAGAAUCGUUGAAAUGCCACCCCGAUCGAGUCCCCGCAGAUUCUCCUGAACGACCCGCUCGGACACGCAAGUUCCAGGAAGUGAACGAUGCCUACUAUACGCUAUCGGAUCCAGGGCGGCGACGGGAAUAUGACGCGACCCGAGCAUACGAGGCCGAGGCUGAGGAGGAAAUACCCCAGGGUGGCUCCGGUGGGUUCCCGUGGUCUAGCUUUGGUUUCGGUAGUCGUGAGGACCAUGGAGAUCGCGACUCCAACCAGUUUGGCUCGGUGUUUGAAGAGAUGCUGCGCGAAGAGGGGCUGGCGGAAGACGGCGAAGGUGGCCAAAGGUCCCGUCCCAACUCACGGUUUUGGGCCGUGGUUGGUGGUGUAAGUGGCGGUGCUCUUGGUUUCAUCGUAGGUAACUUUCCUGGUGGUUUGGCGGGCGCAGUCGCGGGUAACCGCCUGGGCGCUGUCCGUGAUGCCAAGGGCAAAAGUGUCUAUGAGGUUUUCCUGGACCUUCCACAGCCAAAUCGGACACAACUCUUGAGUGAGCUUGCUGCGAAGGUGUUCCAAUCCGCUAUGGGGCACUGA